AUGACACGUGUCGCAGCAGGCGCGUCGUUCAAUCCGUCCGACUGCGUCGAAGAGGAGGGCGAAGGCGAGAAUGAGCCAGGUUGCGGCGACGACGAGGGAGAGGGGAGAGCUGGCGGCCAAGGGGUGGACGAGGGGAGUCGCGCGGGGAUGGGCGCGGAGGGGUUGGCGGAGGAAGGGCGAGCCGGCGGAGAAGGUUGUUGGGGAAACAAGGUCGCGAGGGACAGCGGCAGCAGCCACCAUGAGAGUGCAGCGGAUGUUGAGAGGGGAUUGCACGGUUUACUGCCGCAGUGCGGGGCGGGGAUCAGGCAGGCGGACAGCACGGGUUGCGAGGGGAGCAGCAGUGCGGAGGGCGCGGAGGGCGCGGAAGGCGUGGAGGGGCGGAAGGCGACUGAGAAGGGGGCUCCCCUGAAGCGCAGCUUGACGGCGGAUGCAGCAGGGACGACCAUGGCGCGGGGCGCGCCCAAGAGCAUGGGGGGGGCGAGCAUGAGGGCUGCGAGCGUGGCGGGGGCGAGCUUGCGGCGAUCGCUGAGCGACGUGCUGCUGCAGGACACGGAGAUGGACGAGAUGGACAGAGACGUGCUGCAAGAGGCGUUCUCGUGUGUGGUGGCGCUGCAGCAGCGCGUGCAGCACUACCGCGACCUGGGGGGGUUUACGCUGCUCAUGGCGCUCUUCACCACCAUCCUCUACCUGCAGGCUGAUUCCUCUUGCAGCUAUGAAAUCACUGCCGCCCACUCUGUGCUCUUCCCCCCUGUAUGUUCCCCUCCCCCUCCUCCCCCCCACUCACUCCCUUCCUCCACUGCUCCAUGCUCCAAUCCACCCGCCUGUUUGUCCAGUUGCUUUCCUCUGCUUGUCUCGCUUCCUCUCGGUAUGAGUCAGGACGCGUCCAACACCUUUGCAGGCCCCGCUGACUUCUAUGACUGGCUCAACACCACCAUCGUGCAGACCCUCUGGGCGGACCUUCCGUGUGGCGACGGCACGUGCGACCGUCCCUUCCAGUUCCCCGCCUUCGGCCGCUUUGGUUGCCAUGCGGAUUGUGGCACCUUCCCCAACCUCACCUCGGUCAUCAUCACCUUCUCCUCCCAGCUCGAUACCCAGGGGGCUGCGGAGGAACCUUCCUGGAACCUCUGCAUGGUCAACCCCGUGUCCCUCUGCUGGUAUGAGGCCUUCCAGCCAGUGGCAGGCGGGGAGGUGGCAGUGGAGAUGGAGAUACCGGACGGUGACUGGGAGGUGCUGCUCAACGCGCCCUCGGGGGGCAUCAGGGGCGCCGUGCACGCGCCCCCUCCCGGCACGCGCCGCCUCUCCGUGAUUGGCUCCGCCAGCACGGUGGAGCUGGUGGCAUGGGGGGACUGCGUCAGUGGCGAUGCCGUCGAUGCGAAUGCGGCCAAUCAGAAGGGGGCCAGUGGCGGUUCUUCCGCUGCUGCUGAUGUCUCCCGCAAUACGUGUGUGAGCCUGACCACGUGUCUGCCAGCAGCGUGCGGGCGGGCAUUCACAGAGAGGGAGGUGGCAGGGGAGUUUGUGGACUGUGUGCGCAUGUGCGUGGUGGCGCCCUCCACCAUCACGCGCUAUGCAGGCACCCCCUGUCCCAUGGUAAGCCACCCAUCUCCCACCCUUUGGGCUGAAAAAAACCAGUAA